CGGCGGGGGAAGUGCGAGAUAGAAGAGAGGGAGGAGGGACGCAUGGGUGCACGCUGGAGGAGACGUGGCUGGCGGAAGACGUAUGCGAGGUAUCAAAGGCUGCGAGGGCGACGGAGUGAGUAGGUGAGAAGAGGAGGAUGGAGGUAAUUGAGCAAGGUAGCGGCGACGCGGCUCGUUGACAAGGAGGCGUGCGCGACGCCCGCGAUCGACGGCUGCGCGUCAUCGGAGGUCGGGCCGGGGCGUCGAUCGCGGACGCGUAUUGCCUUCGCGAUCCUUGGCGGCUGGCGAGCGCUUGUCAUACGAGUAAUCGUCGAGACUGGAGCUGGAUGGCGACGCGCGUACUCGCCAAUCGUGGACCCACCUCGCUAUCUGUAUGCUCUUAGUCCGGCUCCGAGCAAUGCAUCUCCACUCUUUCUCUGCCCUCCCGCUGCUCACAGUCCUUCCUCCCUGCUGGCCAUCAUGCUGGCGCCACCGACGCAACGCUGCAACCCAGAUCGCGCUUUACGCGCCCUUCCCCUUCCUCACUCUCCUCAAGGCCCUUCCCGAUUGCACUCCGCAUGCCCUUCUUCGUGACAUACCCCGCUGCAGCAUUGGCCUCCGACAGCGCCGCUCUCCAGCCACUGCGACGUCAGUUUCUUCAAUUUUAUUCUGGUCCCCUUCUCUUUCGCGCCUUUAUCAAUGCUCCUUCGCGUCCUUGAUCCUCCUCACGUCCUCCCUCCCCUCCCCGGCCCCUCUACCUCACUAUCCUCCCUACUUCCCUACCUCCCCUCCCGCCCAUCUCCCCUCUCUCCCCUCUCCUGCUCUGCACCUGACACCCAACUUCGAUCCUCCCUCCCCUCCCCAGCUCCUCUCCCCCUCCUACCUCUCGUCUAUGACACACUCCCUUCCACCUCUCGUCUAUGCUUUUCCUCCCACCUCUCGUCUAUGCCCCCUCCCCGGUGGACGACUGCGGUCGGCGUGCGGCGAUCCCUCUUCGGCGAGGGUGGAUGACUAGGGGGGCGAGUGGAUGACUAGGAGGACGGUCUGUGACGCGGCGAGGGGGCAGACGGGACCCUUCUCUCGUCUUCGACGGUGCGCACCCUUCUCGCGUCUUUGACGGUGCGCACCCUUCUCUCGUCUUCGACGGUGCGCACAUCUCUCGUCUUCGACGGUGCGCACCCUUCUCUCGUCUUUGACGGUGCGCACCCUUCUCUCGUCUUCGACUCCGGGGUGGGGGUCGACGGGGUGAGGGGGGAAAGGAGAAGACGAGUGGGGGGAGGCGGGAGGUGGGGAUGUGAGAUGAGGGAGGUGGGGAUGGGAGAGGGCGCGAGAGGCGGAUGCGAGGAAGAGUGGUGAAAGAGGGUGGACGAGGUGGGAUGCGAGGAAGGGGGUGUGUUGGGUGAGGCGGGGAUGGGUGAGUGGGGCGAGAGGGAGAUUCCGAGGAAGGGGUGGGUCGGGUGAGGCGGG